AUGCCGCCUUCUAAGUGGGAUGAUGAAGAGGAGGAUGUCCCUCCUCCUCCUGUUGUUGCCCCUCGCCGCCGCUUCGACGAUGAAGAAGAAGAGGAUGUCCUUGACUCCUGGGAUGCCGCCGAAGACUCUGAGGUAGAGCGCGAGAAGGCCAAGAAGGCUGCCGAAGCCGAAGCCAAAGCUAAGGCCGCCGCCGCCGCCAACAAGAAGACCAAGGCCCAGCGGAUAGAGGAACGCCGGGAGCAGCGCCGACUCAACGAGGAAAGCGGUGAUUCCGACAGCGAGGAUGAGACCGAACGCCGCGCUCGUCUGCGCAAGACCGAGCAAGAGGCCGAUCUCGCCCACGCCGAGGACCUGUUCGGCUCCGUCGACGUUAAGCGCAACAAGGGCGCCCCCAAGGCCGUCGUUGUCAGCGACUCAAACGACCCCACUAAGGCCGUCGAUCUGUCCGCCAUGCCGCUCUUCAAGCCCGUCACCAAGGACCAGUUCACCCGCCUGACCGAGACUCUCCUGCCCCUUCUCACCCCGCACUCCAAGAAGGCCCAGUACUCCCUCUGGGCUCAGGACUUCACCCGCAAGCUUGUGAAGGAGUUGCCCAGCGCUGAGAUCAAGAAGAUCGCUAGUGCUCUCACCACCGCUUCCAACGAGAAGAUGCGCGAGGAGCGUGCUGCCGACAAGGGCAACAAGAAGACCAAGGCCGCUAAGACCAAGAUUUCAUUGAAUGCCAGCCGUGACAGCCACGUCGAUAACACCAACUACGAUGGCGAUGAUGGUCUCGCGGAUGAUGACUUUAUGUGA